AGGACGGCAUGGGCUCACGUGACGCUAGGGUAGCGUGAGGGUUACCCAGUUGCAUCUUGGCCAAUAGAAGGCCGCCCCCCCUCACGUGACCCAGAACGUCACUGCGGGAAGCCGGGGACGGGCGCUACGGCAGCCGGGAAGCGGCGAUGUCGGGGGACGGCGAACGCUCCCCGUUGCUGCCCGCGGAGCUUGGCGAGCCGGGCACUCCCGGGGCGGGCGGGACCCUGGCCGGGCCUGGCGGGCUCGUGCCCUCCGCGCCGCUCCCACCCUACGGGGGCCCCGCGGCAGGGAAGCCGGCCCCGCCCCAUGGCUUCCCAUCGUUCCCGGAUGGGCAUCCGGCUGUGCUGCCCGGCGAGGACCCCCCACCCUACUCCCCCAUGGCCAGCCCCGACAGUGGCAGCGCCCCCAUGAUCACCUGCCGCGUCUGCCAGAGCCUCAUCAACGUGGAGGGCAAGAUGCACCAGCACGUGGUGAAGUGCAGCGUCUGCAACGAGGCCACGCCGAUCAAGAACGCCCCCCCAGGGAAGAAGUAUGUGAGAUGUCCCUGCAACUGCCUGCUGAUCUGCAAGGUGACAUCCCAGCGCAUCGCCUGUCCCCGGCCCUACUGCAAAAGAAUCAUUAACCUGGGCCCGGUGCACCCGGGGCCCCUGAGCCCUGAGCCUCAGCCUGUGGGAGUGCGGGUCAUCUGUGGGCACUGCAAGAAUACUUUCCUGUGGACAGAGUUCACAGACCGCACCUUAGCCCGCUGCCCGCACUGCCGCAAAGUCUCCUCCAUCGGGCGCAGGUACCCCUGGAAGAGAUGCAUCUGCUGCCUCCUCCUGGGUGUCGUAGUGGCUGUAGCUGCCACAGGCCUAGCGUUUGGCACAUGGAGGCACGCCCGGCGGUACGGCGGGAUCUACGCCUCCUGGGCGCUGAUCAUUCUCCUGGCCGUGCUGUGUCUGGGCCGGGCCAUGUACUGGGCCUGCAUGCGAGUCAGCCACCCCGUCCAGAACUUCUCCUGAGCCGCCCCUGCCGCGCGGAUCAGCCAGCUCCUGCCCAGCCCCCUGGUCCGUUCCUGUGCCUCUCGCCUUGCUCCUGCUCCCCUCCCAUCCUGCCGGAGCCUGAGCAGGAGACCCCCACGGGACGGGACCAGUGGAGGCGGCUGCGGUGGUCUCAAGGGCAAGGGGCCCGCCAGCCCAAGAGGGCAGCUGAACUCUGGUAGUUCUGUCUGGACCAACCCGAGAGGGAGCUGGAUUCCAGUGGCUUGGCUGGGACCCACCACCCAGGAGACCGGGAACCCACCCAGCCAAGGGACACUGGGUGACAGAGAGAGGACACCCCCGCUCCCCUCCCCAAGGGAGACUGGACGAUAGAGCUGGGACCCACCACGCCAGAGACCCCACGCACCCAAGGGACACUAGACGACGGAGCUGGGACCCACCACCCCAGAGACCCCACGCACCCAAGGGACACUGGACGACGGCGCUAGGACCCCCCCACCCAAGGGACACUGGACAAUGGAAACGGGACUCACCACCCUUGAGACCCUGCGCACCCAAGGGACACUGGAUGAUGGACCUGGGACCCACCACCCCGGAAACCCCACGCACCCAAGGGACACUGGAGCUGGAACCUCCUCCCCUCCCCACAACACCCCCCGCACCCAAGGGACCCUGGCUGACAGAGCGGCAACCCACUGCCCAGGAUGAGGUGGCCAGAAGGAAGCCCCCAUGGCUGCUUAGUCACUGGGGGCCCCACAUCCGUCCUGAUGGGGGCACUGCCAUGCCCAGCACCUCCUUGGCCUGCAGGGAAGUGGCGUGGGAGGUGGCCCCACAGUGGGGGGGCAUUGAGUACAUUCUGGGGGGGUGGGACCUGCUGGGGAGGGGAGCUGACACCGGGGGAUGAGAAGGAUUCAGCUCACUGCUGCUUCAUGAUGGGGUCACCUCUUAGGCCCCCGUUCACCUCACUGAUCUGUGCUCUGUCAGCCAUGCCCCCCGCCUCCCAAGCCGGCCAGUCCCUGCCCUGGGGCCACAUUGGAGCUGGCGCCUCCUAGAGGGAACAGACCCCAUGUCCCGUUCCCUUCUCACUGACCCAGCCAGUCCCUGCCCUGGGGCCAGAUGGGAGCCGGCACCUCCCAGAGGGGACAGACCCUGGGCCCCUUUCCCUGCCCCCCUGAGCCAGCCAGUGUCCACCCUGGGGCUGGAUGUGAGCCAGGGCUGCCUGGAGGGGACAGGCCUGUGCCCCUGCUCUGUUUAGGGACCAAAGGUAACUUUUAUUUGGGUGGGGGAGCUGGGGGGGAGCAGCCCCCAUCCCAAUCCCAAUCCUCCCCCCGGCAGGGGCAGCUGGGGGCGCUGUCUGUGCUGCCCGGGGGGGAAGCUGCUCUGGGUUUGCUCUCCCCCCCCCCCUGCAUGGCUGCUCUGGUUCUUUGCACAUUCUUGGGGGGGUGGGGAGCCAAUGGGUAAUAGCCCCCUUGCAUGGGGGCCCUGAGCCUUCCCAGCAUGCCUGUGAGCUCCCCCCCAGGGCCACCCCUUCCCAUCCAGCCCCUCACCCCCUGGGCUGAUGGCUGC